UGUGUGACGUCAGCGAGAGCUGCAAAGUUCCUAGCCUCUCUUUUCUGGUGUCGAAGAGCUGAAUAUUAAAAGGAUAAUAGUGGAGUUACUGGUUGGUUGUAUUUUUUUUUUUCUAUUUUUCACUCUUCAUUUCGAGAUGCCCAGGUAAAGCAUUGCAGUCCGGAGUUUGGAGGUGGCAUCCGCGGUGGCGGGGCGGUGAGUCAGCGGGUGCUGGGGACGCGAAUCCGGCUCCAAGGAAUCCGGAGAGGCGUCCCCACUCCGCCCCCUCCGCCCACCUAGGAGACCCGGCCAGGCCGGCGGCUGCAGGACCCAGGCCGGCGAGCCUACCCCACGGCCGCGCUGCAGGACCGUCGCUGGACCCCUGUCACCCUGCCAGUGCGCCUAGAACCCGGAAUAGCAGGCGGCCAGGCUGGGGGAGGCCAGCCGUCGGGGACUGCGGGCCCGCAGAAGCGCCGGAUCCCGGCGGUGCCUCCUUUUGAGCUUGGACCGCUGAUCCGUAGUUGACUGUGAUUUGGGGAGGAUUGGCCCUGGAAUUUUCAGUUCCAAAUUAUGUCCAGAAUGUUCAGUCUUCUCCCAACUGUAAUGGAACAGACAGUACCAAAAAGCGGACUCUGAUAAUUCUCGGAUUGCAUAUUGCAAAAGAUUCUCCUUGGGCUUUGCACGCAGCCUCCGCUAGGAAGGCGAAGGCAUCAGGGCCCCCGGCCUAAGCAGCCAGUGGAGAGAGUCUCGGCAGCCUGCGCCGCCCCCCCCCCCCCCCGCCCAGCCAUGUCGCCUCCAGUACUCUGCACCUUAGCGUGGCCUUCCGAGGGGUUCCAGGACUGGCCAGGGUUGUUUCCCACCCGCGCGCGCUCUCUCUCCCCAGCCAAGCCCAGCCCUUUUGACUGCUAGCUCCACCGCCUCCGCCCCCUCCCAAGGUGGCCCUGGGGAGCCGGACCUCGCCAGCCCGCCCCGACUGGGACCAUGGUGUUUCUCUCCGGAAAUGCUUCCGACAGCUCCAACUGCACCCACCCGCCCGCACCAGUGAACAUUUCCAAGGCCAUUCUCCUCGGAGUGAUCUUAGGGGUCCUCAUCCUUUUCGGGGUGCUGGGGAACAUCUUAGUGAUCCUCUCCGUGGCCUGUCACCGUCAUCUGCACUCGGUCACGCACUACUACAUCGUCAACCUGGCGGUGGCCGACCUACUACUCACCUCCACGGUGCUGCCCUUCUCAGCCAUCUUUGAGAUCCUGGGCUACUGGGCCUUCGGCAGGGUCUUCUGCAACAUCUGGGCGGCGGUGGACGUCCUGUGCUGCACCGCGUCCAUCAUGAGCCUCUGCAUCAUCUCCAUCGACCGCUACAUCGGCGUGAGCUACCCGCUACGCUACCCCACCAUCGUCACCCAGAGGCGGGGGCUCCGGGCUCUGCUCUGCCUCUGGGCGCUGUCCCUGGUCAUCUCCAUCGGGCCGCUGUUUGGCUGGAGGCAGCCGGCCCCCCAGGACGAGACCAUCUGCCAGAUCAACGAGGAUCCCAGCUACGUGCUCUUCUCCGCGCUGGGAUCCUUCUACGUGCCGCUGGCCAUCAUCCUGGUCAUGUACUGCCGGGUCUACGUGGUGGCCAAAAGGGAGAGCCGGGGCCUCACAUCCGGCCUCAAGACCGACAAGUCGGAUUCAGAGCAAGUCACGCUGCGCAUCCACCGGAAAAAUGUCCCCUCAGGAGGCAGUGGGGUGGCCAGCUCCAAGAACAAGACGCACUUCUCUGUGCGGCUCCUCAAGUUUUCCCGGGAGAAGAAAGCAGCCAAAACGCUGGGCAUAGUGGUCGGUUGCUUCGUGCUCUGCUGGCUUCCCUUUUUCUUAGUGAUGCCCAUUGGGUCUUUGUUCCCUGAUUUCAAGGCCUCAGACACAGUUUUUAAAAUAGUAUUUUGGCUCGGAUACUUAAACAGCUGUAUCAACCCCAUCAUAUACCCAUGCUCCAGUCAAGAGUUCAAAAAGGCCUUUCAGAAUGUCUUGAGAAUCCAGUGUCUCCGCAGAAAGCAUUCUUCCAAGCACGCUCUGGGCUACACCCUGCAUGCCCCCAGCCAUGCCCUGGAGGGGCAACACAAAGACAUGGUGCGCAUCCCCGUGGGAUCCGGAGAGACCUUCUAUAAGAUCUCCAAGACUGAUGGGGUUUGUGAAUGGAAAUUUUUCUCUUCCAUGCCCCACGGAUCUGCCAGGAUUACAGUGCCCAAGGACCAAUCCACCUGCACCACUGCCCGAGUGAGAAGUAAAAGCUUUUUGCAGGUCUGCUGCUGUGUGGGGCCCUCAACCCCCAGCCUUGGAGAAAACCACCAAGUCCCAACCAUCAAGAUUCAUACCAUCUCCCUCAGUGAAAAUGGGGAGGAAGUCUAGAGGAUGGGGAAGGUCACAAGGAAAGGGGUGAUCCUAAAGGCCUUCCCUCUUCCUACUCAAAAGACAGCGCACCUUUCUUGGAGAAAAAGACAGGAGCAUUCAACAAGGGUACCAUCUAGGGAGGGAAUGGGCGGGAGGGAAGGCAAGGAGGAAGGAACAGGAAAAAGACUCAACGUCUCCCAACCAAUAGGUUCAGAAUGAUUCAAGACCACACAUCCCUGCACCUGAUUCUCAUUUGUUUCCUAACUCUGCUCUCCACAAUUGGCACUUUCAAUGAAAAUUACUAUGGGAAACAGAAUUGCAUACACAAUCCAGAAGACUAAAUAUAGGGUUAUGAUUUCAUCAUGAGUAUUUUGAGCAUACACUCUAAGUUUGGAGCUCUGUCUUGAUGGAAGUGAGGGGACUUUAUUUUCAGGCUAAACCUACUAACAGCCACUGUUGACAUUUAUGGAGAGAGACCCUAAAGAGAAUUGUGAGACAGUGGCUGAUACCCAGGCACGUGACUGGCAAAAUGAGUUUUAAAACCGCACUACUGCUGAUACCUGCGGUGUCUCGGCUUGAGUAAAAUACACAGUGAGAUUCCCCUUUGGCUGCACUUUGAUCGGAUACUGUGCUUACCCCCAAAAGAUGAGGGUAAGGGACACUCUUAUUGCAGAUGAGAAGGAGGCUCAUGCUCCACCCUGAGAAAAUGUUUUGGUCACCAGAUAAGAACAACCACAAUUGUAUCCAUAUAAAGCUGGGGAAUGGGGACCAGUUGGGGAGAGCGUGCUUUUCCCAAGAGAUUGCAGUAGACAUGAGGGUCAUCUUUGCAAAUUAACUGCUAGGGUCAAAAAUCCUUUCAGCAGAUCAGAUGUGACAAGGCUUCUACUGUAUCAUCAGCAGGUUGGGGGUGCUAAUUUCAUGCUAAGCUAGCAGCUGCUGGAUUACUCCACAGCCUUUUGGAAGUAGCCUCGAAAAGCCUUUCUUGACAAAUUACCUGCCUUUUCCGCUGUGAAAACCCAGAGCUUAUAUUUCAAAUGGCAAAAUCAUUGACUUCUAUUUCUUGUCACCUGCUUCACUCCUGUGUCAUGAAUGAGGUUCACCUGCAGUACAUUGGAAUGAUCCUUAAGACCCAGGGACAACCUUCCUGAACUUGGAAAGAUGCCAGUGCUUAGUCUGGGACUCAUACUGACUGAUCACCAAAGAACUGCCCAAAGCAGGGAUUUGGAAACAUUUUUUUGACAGGGAAACAUUUGUUCUAGCAAAAGCUCCCAUAGCCCACUCAAAUGUCAUCCCUACUGCCUUCUAUAAACAACUUGAACAACAUUUCUUGCUCCAUAUCUGCCAAAUUUUGAUAAACCUUAAUAACUCAGAUUAUUGCUAAUGAUGACAAUGACAAUAAAAAUUAAAAUACGUCCAUUAUCCCACCAUGAGAAUGUAAAAUACGAUUAGUGUUUUUGGAACAAUUCCUGACAAGAAUCAUGGAUCUAAAACUACUGGUAAUUUCUGUGGUCCCUUCACUGUUCCUAUAAUUUCCUCCAGGAAUUUCAAAGCAGGUUGGACAUGCUGAGUAACCUUCCAGCAGGCAUCACGGCCCAAUCACCUCUCUUUCAGCAAAUAAUUAUUUCCUUAAACCUUGCUAAAAGCAAGUCUCUUUCCACGUUGCCAUGGAGGAUAUGUUUAAAUGUGGGUGCAAAGUUUGUGAGUGGCUGUAUUUGGUCUUUGAAUGCGGCCUCAGCUUUCCAACAGUGUCUUAUUGACAAGGUAAAUAGAUACUUAACCUCGGUGUAAGAACAUGGAUUCUGUCACUUAGAAGUUGCCUGGAUUUUUCAGACAUCUACCUGCAUGCCCCCCACCAGCCCAAGCAGAUGUGGGUGUCCUGUUUUAGAGGCAGACACUUAGGGAGAACUUGAAUAUGAAGGGAUCCUGGUCCUCUGCCUUGGCAGGAAAAAGCUUCAUUGCUGAGAAGAGCUUCUUUCAGAUUCUGAAUUUAAAAACCACCCUUGACCUUGGCGUCCCAUUACAGAAAGAGCAUCUUCCUGAGAAGAAGGGUCAUAACUUCCCUUCCUCAAAAUGUGAUCCCAUGUUAGACAUGAUCGUUAAACAACUUUAAGGGUGAAUUUGCAUUGUAGAUAUGGGAACUUUUGUGGGCCCUGGAGAGUUCAUGUGAAUGCCACUUGUAAUCAAAACAAACAACUAGAAAACCUUUGAGUCAUCAGAUAAGAACCAUGACAAUUGUAUCCCUGUAAAUCUAUCCAUAAAUCAUUGCCUGGCGCACUUCCCCUACACACACACACACACACACACACACACACACACACACACCCUCUCUCUAGGGAGGUAAACUUUUAACAUUGUUUCCCUUUCCCAUAGCAUGAUAUUGGGUAUAAACAUGCCAAUUUCACCCCCCCAAAAAUGGAUGUUACCUGGAAUUUGGUGGUAAAGUGAGAUAAACAGUACACAAGUUGAGUUGCUUUUCACUCACCCACAAAAACAUCUGUACUUUAAGCAUGCCAAAAAAUAUCUAAAAUUGUUACAGCUAAGCAAAUGAUUGUCAUAUUUAUACUCCCCAUGUUUACUGCUUCUAUUUGGAGCUGGAGGAAUUUACCCAGAGUAACAGCAGCUAAAAUGUCUUCUCUGAAGUGUUACAAAAAGCUGUUGCUCGGGAUUGCCUUAACAUCACAAAAGUCAGUGACAUUAUGGGAGCAAAACUUGAGUUUAUUCUGUAAUGAUUAUAUGCAUUAGGAGGAGCCUUAAAUCUCUUUAUCCAUAAUUUUCCUCAAACACAUAAGUGUUUCAGAAUUCAUUUUAUUGAUCACAGUUUUCUCCUCUCAUAUCUCAUCCAGUUCUUCUUCUAGUGUAAUUGCUUAAUGUUUCCUAAAUUUCCCAAAA